GAGGCACAGAACGGAGUUGGGGAGCCAAAAUGCAACCAUUAAACUCCAUUGUUUCUCAAUCCAUCUUUUAUUAAUUCUUGCCGCUCGCAUCACUUGCUCCUCUUCAGCCGUCGACGGCGCUGAUUCACCGGCGCUCAGCUUCGGAAAAUGAUGUCACCAAGGCCAAUGUCUGAGGAUCGAGGAUCUUCGCCUCAUUUCAGACAUACACCAUUGCAGAUAAUUCACAUGGUUGGAAAUUUCUUUCGGAUAUGGUCAAUCUAUUCCAUGUAUCGCUAUUUUUCUCAUACUGGAGCUUCAGUUGUACUUUUUCUAUUUUGUUGUUUGGCCCCAGCGGCCAUCAUAUUUUUGACUUUGCAAAAGCCUUGGAAGGGAAAGCCCUUCUCCAAUACGCAGGUAGUUCCUUCUGUGAUAAAUGGUGGCAUAACAGCUUUGUACUUUAUCUUGUGGGGAAAGGGUCUUAAAGCCUGUGGACCUCUGAGGGCCAUACUUGCCGAGUAUUCUGGUGCUGUUCUUGGAGUGCUUUCUGCUGUUUUGUAUGGUCGGAGGGGCUUUGUUUGGAAAAAGGUUGGGGGUCUCAUUGCAAUGUUGGUAUCUUUCUACUUCUUAUCACAAGGAUGGGCCAUGGCCACGCAUUUUCCCUUCUCUGCGAGACAUGGCUCUGACUCUGAGGAUCAGACAGAACAAAUUUUGGGUUUGAAAGAAAUGGCAAUUCCCAUCUUUGCUGGAAUUUUGUCAGCAUUGCGAAGGGUCAUUGCUCGGCGUGUUUCACUUAAGAAUCAACUUAAAAGACGACUUCAUGCUAUAACAAUGGCUUCUGCGACUUGUUUUCUCUUUCCUAUAGCCAUGUGGGAUAUGAUAGUUGGAUCAACUUCUGAUAACGGUAGGAAGCUUCCUUUCUCCACUUGGGCGUUUUUAAGCACUAUUAUAUUUGGCGUUAUUCUUAUAUUCUACGUUGAUAGCAUUGCUGAAGAAAGAUUGCACAUGGUUUUUUCGUCUCCAAGACAUUUGAUGGUAGCUGGUGGAAGCAUCAUUCUUCUGGAGAUUGUAUACAAGAUGGAUUUUUCUCUAGUCGGCUUUGUUAUCUGCUGCUCAAUUUUGGGAUUUGGGAUAUAUGAAGCAACUUCUUUAGACCGCAGUAGGAAAGAUUCUAAUCGGAAUCAUGAUACAUCAAAUGGUCUGUUGGACGACCAAGAUCAGAUGCCCUCACUUCCAACUUGAUGUUAGUGAUCUUAACACAAACAUUAAACAAUUCGGUGCCUGCAGUACUCAGAAGAUGUGGUUUGGCCCAUUGUUACAAACUGUUAUAAGGCGGAAGAACCUUUCUUUUUCGGCUGCCAAGUGUGCUGUACUCAUAUGCAACAUGCAAACAGCCGCAUUGAUCUCACAUUCCUCACCCUCAUGCCUUGUACAUUCCAAGCAGCCUCAAAAUCUUUUGCUGAAAAUAUGUAGCGCAGACCAUUUGUAAGGUCGAAACUUGUACCCUUAGCCUUGAAUUUAUGUUUUUAUUUGAUCCCUAAUAUGUACUUCAAACUACACUGAUAUAUAGACUAGUGAUAAUUUUUAUACAAAGGAAUUUCUUUCAA